GUAAUCAGCAAGCUUAAAUAGUUCCAUAAGCUCAUUGCCUGAUUUCACUGUAAAAUGAUAAAUUCCAGGUGGCAAAGCAUGUCAAAUGAAGUAGAAUCCUGCCAGUCUGGUGCUAAGGUGGUGGAAACUGUAGAUGGAGACAGCAAAGAAGAUGAGAUUUAAAAGCUAUUUUAUCUUCCUAGUUGUGGUGUGUACAAGGAAACUCUUUGCAGAAGAUAUACCUUGUGACUUGCCACAGAUAGAAAAUGGAAACCUUGCCCAGUACUAUUACAGUUUCAAAAGUUACUAUUUCCCAAUGAAUAAAGGAAAAAAGCUCUCCUAUUCUUGUAUGGUUGGUUACACAACUGAAAGUGGGACUCAAGAUGGAAGAAUAACUUGUACAGCAAAAGGAUGGUCUCCAGUGCCACAAUGCUACAGAAAAUGCACCAAGCCUGUUUUGGAAAAUGGCUCUUUUUACAGUACAGAAAUGGACUUCAAAAUCCAUGAGAAAUUGCAAUACAAAUGUAAUCCAGGCUACCACACCCCAAGUGGGGCCACUGAAGAUACAGUGCAGUGUCAGCCACAAGGAUGGUCCUUCCAGCCAAGCUGUACUAAAACACUUGAGUCGUGCCAGGUGCCCCGGUUAGAGCACGGCAGCUACUCCGGGGCGGCGCGGGAGGUGCGGCCGAACGGGACGCUGCGGUACCGCUGCCAGCCGGGAUAUCGCAGCGCCGACGGGAGCGCCGCCGAGACCGCGCUGUGCCUGCGCCACGGCUGGGCCCGGGCCCCCAGCUGCACCAGGAUAACUUGCUCCACCUUGAGUGAAGUAGCUCAUGGAGGUUUCUAUCCUGUGAAGCAAGCCUAUGAAGAAGGAGAUGUCGUUCACUUUUUCUGUGACAAACACUAUUCUGUCACCGGAUUUGACUUAAUUCAAUGCUAUAAUUUUGGGUGGUAUCCAGACCCUCCAGUGUGUGAAGAUGUAAAAAAGAAAUGUCCUCCACCACCACUCCCUCAUGGCCAUAUCAGCAGAACCCGAAGAACAUAUCAUAAUGGAGACAAAGUUAAUGUACAGUGUACCUUGGGAAGGAGAGGAUCCGAGGAAAUCCAGUGUGAAGGGGGAAAAUGGACAUCACCCUCUAUCUGUAUUGGAGCUGUGGAUAAACAGGAAUCUGGGACAGCACCACCACCACUCGAGGCAGAUGCAGAAAUAAGGACAAGCCAAACACAUCACAAUGAAGAUAUGAAAAUGCAGCAAGACUGUGCCUCUCCACCUGUGAUUAAAAAUGGUGCUGUCCUGGGCCCAUUAUUGGCAAGUUACAAAAAUGGUUCCUGGGUAGAAUAUGGUUGUCAGCAUUACCACUUUUUGGAUGGGCCCAGUACUGUUUAUUGUCACCUUGGAAACUGGACAGAACUACCAACCUGCUUAGAACCAUGUACUCUUAAUACCACUGAUAUGGACAGCAACAACUUAACAUUGAAAUGGAGACGGGAAGAAUUAGUUUUCCUCCAUGGAGAUCUCGUAGAGUUUGAAUGUAAACAGGGAUAUAGUUUUCUCCAGACUGCCAUUGCAUCUCCUGGGAGGACACAGUGUGACCAAGGCAGACUGAAUUAUCCAAAAUGUGUUAUUCAAGCUGCUACAGAAAAAUGUGGCUCUCCACCCACUAUUGCAAAUGGAGCUCUUACUGUCCCAGCACUGCCCCAGUAUGACAGUGGCUCUUCAGUUCAGUAUAUUUGUUCUGACUAUCAUUUUUUGCAAGGCUCUGAGAGGAUCUACUGCUCUGAAGGACAAUGGACCUCGCCACCAGUUUGUAUAGAGCCGUGUACUUUGUCAAAAACUGAAAUGGAGAAGAAUAAUGUGCUGCUGCAAGCAUUCUAUGCAGACCAAGUUUACUUUUACCAUGGGGAUUAUAUUGGAUUUUACUGUAAACAGAACCAUUUUGGAGCAGAAUCUGGCACAACAUUAUUUCAAGUACAGUGUGAGAGAGGACAGCUGGCAUAUCCAAGGUGUGUUGAAAGAGGAAAGCAAGUAUGGACUUGAGGAAAGCCCACAGGAAAGAGAAAACUGGAGCAAAAGGAAUUAAAAAGCCCUUGGUGGAACAGCUGUUGGAAGUAGAAUUCAUUUACCCCCAUCACUUGCUCUAGAUGUACACACAACACUGGCUGUGUGGCUGUAAGCACAGGACAGGAGCAGGGGCAUUUGCAGACAUGAAGGCAGCAGCUUGUUGAUGAACCUUGAGGCAAAGAACACAUCAAACACUCAAGCUUCAUGUGGGGCUGCUGCCCCAUCUGUCUGUUUUAGUGACAUGCCACAUUUUCUUAUUGAUUUUUUUAAUCCUAGUGUAGCAAUAGAAUACCUUCUUGAGACCCUUGCUGUCCCUUGUAAGUGCCACUCUGAGCUUCAGCUUUUCUGGCAUUUCCAUACAAGCCACAUCAAUGCCAUGGACAGCUCACUGUGGAGCCAGUUUUUGCCUCAAUCCCCUAUACAUUAAUUUUUUUUUCUGCUUCAGCGAUCUCUGUGCAGUCUCUGAUGUGUGUUUUUCCUCCUGAAGAUGAGAACUGAGUAAUCUUGUGCUUGCAGGAUUCUUGUGCUUCAAGACCUAUAAGCUUUUUCUGGACUCCUGUUUUACCUAAGUAAGUUGAAGUGUGCUCCCCUAAGGUGUAGGAUUUGUACUCUGGUACUUGCUUUUUUCUCUCCCUUCUGAAUCUAGGAGUGCAUUAGCACAUGGCUACCACAGCCAGGCUGCCACUGAUUUCCACAAGCACUUUCUCCUUGUUUGUGAAGGGCAGAUGGGGCUGGGGGUGGCACAGACUGGCCUAUCCAGGACCUGGACCAGGAACUAGUCCCCACCUUCACCUAGAAAUCCCAUUUACUUGCACACCCACAUCUUGCCUUUGUAGGCAAGUCCCCCACAAAA